AUGAUUGCGGUCAACGCAUUACGAAACAACGAGAUACUUACAACUCUUGAACCCGUAGCUAAUUCAAUCGGCAGCAAAGGAAUGAAACUUCUGGCUGAUGCUUUGGAAAAUAACACAACACUCACCACAAUUAAUCUCAGCACCGCUGGUAUUGGGGACGAAGUGGCCAAAUAUUUGGGCAAUUUUUUACGAAAUAACGCGACACUUACCACACUUCGGCUUUUCAACAAUGCAAUUGGAGUCGAAGGAGCCAAACAUCUUGCUAAUGGUUUACGGUCAAACACAACACUCACUUUGAUUGAUCUCGGAUUGAAUAAAAUUGGAGAGGAAGGAACAGAAUAUCUGGCAGAUGCUUUACGACAUAACAUGGGUCUUAGAGAACUCUACAUUCGAGCUAAUGAAAUAGGAGAUGAAGGAGUUCAACAUCUGUCUAGUGCUGUACGAUAUAACAGAAGACUCAUCACGCUUGGUAUUUCUAACAAUCAAAUCGGAGAGAAAGGAGUUCAAUAUUUAUCUGAUGCUUUACGUAAGAAUAAGACACUCAUGACAAUCGAACUCCAUGACAAUAAAAUCGGAGACCAAGGUAUCUGGCAUCUAGCUGAUGCUUUACAAAAUAGCAUGGCAUUAGAUACUCUUCAGCUUGAUUCUACCGAAAUCGGAGAAGAAGGAGCUCAAUAUCUGGCUUAUGCUCUACGAUAUAACAUGACACUUACUACACUUAGCCUUGGAUUCAAUAAACUAGGAGACAAAGGAGUUCAAUCUCUCAUUGUUGCUUUAGGAUAUAAUACGACACUUACCACACUAAAUCUCGCAAGCAAUGAAAUGACAGCCAAUGUGUGCCGACAAUUGGCUAAUGCUCUACGAGAUAAUACAACACUUGCCACACUCGAACUUGGCUGGAAUCGAAUUGAAGACAUAGGGGCUCAAUAUUUGGCAAAUGGUUUGCACAAAAACAGGACACUUACUAAACUCGACCUCAUGUAUAAUGGAAUUGAGAAUGAAGGAGUUCAAUACCUAGCUAAUGCUUUACGAAAGAAUACGGGACUCAGAGAACUCGACCUUCAAGGCAAUCGAAUCGAAGAGGAAGGAAUCCAAUAUCUAGCUAAUACUGUGCAAAAUAAUACGACACUCACCAAACUCAUCCUCAAAUCGAAUAACAUCGAAGAAGAAGCUCAACAAAAUGUCAUUGAAAUUUUUAAGAAAAAUACUGGAUUGAAAAUUGAGCUUUUUUGA